UCAAUUUAUAUACAAUAAUUAGGUAUAGAAAGUACCAACUACCAAGUGUAACAACUUCAAAAAUUUAAAAUAUAUUAUUAAAGCACCGCUUUGUUAAUUGUAACUUGCAUUAUUUUUGUAUAUUUACGACUGUGUUAAGACCAGACGGCCCUAUGGUCAAUUUUAGGGUGUUUGCGAGAGCCAUGUCCACGGUUGCUAAGAACUUUGAAGCCAACGGCGUGGUGCCUGACGUCGUCCCGAAGGCGCCAAAUGCAUUGGUUACUGUUAAGUAUCCAAGUGGAGUGGAAGUGAAGGAAGGCAAUGAGCUGACGCCAAGACAGGUGAAGGAUGUGCCAAAUAUCAGCUAUGACGCCAGCCCUGAUAGCUUCUACACAUUGGCUAUGACCGACCCAGAUGCACCUUCCCGCAAAGAGCCAAAAUUCCGUGAAUGGCACCACUGGUUGGUUGGAAACAUUCCCGGGCAAAACGUCGCCUCGGGUGAGACAUUGUCCGCCUACGUCGGCUCUGGGCCUCCAGAGGGCACUGGUCUCCACCGAUACGUAUUUUUGGUGUACAAGCAACCAUCUAAGUUGACGUUUGAUGAGCCAAGACUACCUAACACAUCCGGUGAUAAGCGAGCCAUGUUCUCUAUCGCCAAGUUUGCAGAGAAAUACAAAUUGGGUGAUCCUAUUGCGGGUAACUUCUACCAAGCCCAAUAUGACGAUUAUGUUCCUGAGCUAUACAAACAGCUCGGUGCCUAAAUA